AUGGAGGAUCAGGUUGGUUUGACAGAUGAUUACUGGCCACUCUAUGCUGUUGCCGGCGGUGUUGGGACUGCCCUUGGAUGGAGUUGGUUGUUGUUGUUGGGUUCGCGUGCUAUCCAGAUGAUGAAGGUGUCUGUCCACAUUCUUACCACUUAUCUUGCUGUCAUCAGUGUUUUGUGUUUUUGGGCUCACCAGUUUUUCUGGGGUGUUGUUUUUGCUAUUGGAGCAGCUCUGCAGUUUUUGCUGUACCUGGAAAAAAGUGGAUAUAAAUCCAUUGGAACAAGAGCAAACUUGUUAAUUGCUGCUGUUGUUGGGGCUGUCACAGCCGUUACAACUCAGCCCUUGGAUACAACCUCUUCAAGGAUGCAGACAAGUGCCUUUGGAAAGUCUAAAGGACUACUGAAAACUCUUACCGAGGGCUCAUGGAGUGAUAUAUUCGACGGCCUUAGCGUUUCCCUGCUUCUGACCUCAAUGACUGCAAUUCAGUAUACAGUGUUUGAUCCGCUGAAGCAGCGAGUGCCGACGAAUAAACAAUGCACCGCGGAUAUGACUGUGUUUGUGCAAAAUCUUCUACAGCAGAUGCAAAUUUCCAGUUCCAAGCCGUUAACCUGCAGUAACAAUAAUUACCAAACAGUGAAAUUCCAAAAAAUCCCAAAUUUGGAAUUGGGACAAAAGCGAUCAGAAAAGCAUAUGUUCAAAAUUACCGUUUCGAAAUCCAUCAUCAGAUAG